UUCAAAAGCGAACACAAGAAAAGCGGUUCGGUAAAAUUUCAUUGUAUUUAGUGAAAUUAAAAUCAAGAUAACUCCUAGUAGAAUGGUGUCGACGCAAAACGUAGAGAAAAUAUGCUUAUUCGAAAAAGAUCGAGAGAGUAGUUUCAAAAAAUGGCCUUAUUCAAGCUCCAGUUCGUGUAACGUUCAAAAGAUGGCCGAAGCGGGCUUUUGCUGGCAUGGAGACGAUAGCGAGAUAGAUACAGCUAUUUGCUUUGUAUGUGGAAAGGUAUUGGAUGGUUGGGAAGAAACAGAUGAGCCUUGGGUGGAACACAAAAAACAUGCUCCACAAUGUUUGUUUGUAAAGUAUGGACGGCCCGAAGCACAACUGACGUGCGAAGAAAUGAUCAAUUUGUUGGAGGCCAUUCUGAAGGGUAGAAUCCACAAUCAAUACAGCUCGUUAAAAAGCUGUCUCCAAGCGCACUUCGAGAAAAAACGAAAAGAAAUGAUGAAGCAACUUUCAAAGCACUGAAUACUAGAUUCGUAUAAAACAACUGUCUUUUUUUAAUGUAAUUUAUUUUACCCCGGCUUUUAGAUACAACGUUCUGAUGUAAUAUCGGUUGCCGAUAGAAUGCCGAUGUCAUCUGAACAAGAAAAAAAAUGCAAUUAUUUAUUAUUAUUUUGGCAAAAUGUUUAAUUUGCAUGAAUAAUUAAAACAGUUUAAUAAAUGUAGCAUCCAUACAGACCGA